AUGGUGGUAAUAUUGAUGCGAAAUAUCCAGGCCACCAACAUGAUCCUCUCCUCUUUGGCUUUGGUCAUCUUGGUGUUAGGAAUCAUCGCAGAUAAUUGGAUUAUCUUGAAGUUGGAAGCAAAUAAAGUUACAAUACACCACAGUCCCUGGAUGCAAUGUUGCUUUACCGCUUGGCCAGAAGAUGACCUGGAAGUGGUCAGGAUCAUGAUGAUUUUGACCCUCAGUCUUUCUUUCCUCCUUAACUUGGUCCUGGGUAUGGAAUUCACCUAUCUGAUUCCACCAACCAUAUAUAUCCACUUCAUCACUGCCACCUUCAGUUUCCUCGCAGGUAUCCUCCUUCUCUCUGCACUCCUAAUAUAUCACCACAGGCUAUGGCAAGGUCAAUUCGUGUAUUUCUGUAGUUACAAGAUCACCUGGAUCCUUCACACUGCCUACAUAAACAUCACCUUCUUUAUUAUCUGUGGAAUCCUCUCUCUCCUAAGCUGUUUGCAGUUUGUCAAACACUUCAUCUGCCUGAAUAUUAUCAACAAACCUGUUAUUAAAGACUCUAAUCAAGUACCAAAAUCAGGGAAUUCUAUCAGAGUUAUUUCCUCCGCAGAUUCCACUAAAAUGCCACAUGGCAUUGUUCGUCUGCCAUCCCAGACUGGAAAGGACAAUGUUUCAGGCAGACAGUCACGAACUCAAGUACGUCAUGUAACCUGGGCUUUAUGA